GGCGGCCCUCACAGUCUUACCUGACCCACCCAGUAUACCUCUCUUUUUUUUCUCCGCUCGACUGACAGCUCCGGUGUGCUUUCUGUCUCCUGUUUGGAGAUGUGACUGGUCGUGAGUGCAGUGAAGUGGACUUCUAUCGAUGCCAUCGAAUCAGACACGUGAUGCGAAAGCCUCGGGUCUCACGGUACCAGGAAAACCGAACGAGGAACAAGGGCUUCUGACGCGUAGGACCUUCCCACGAACGGCUGACACGAUGUCGAGGAGGCUCAGGAGAAGGUUCCAGAUCGACUUCAGGAGCAACAAGGGCAAAAGGCCGAGGAUAAGGAAGGACAUGAUAGGCGAACCCACGAACUUCCAGCACAUUAGUCAUGGCGGAGAUCCCGACGCGUGUGGUGGAAGCGAGUCAGACGGACCACUCAAGAAUCAACUCAUACUGGUUGAUCUGGCCCAGAAACAGAGAUCCAUAGAGGAAGCCAAGAUGCUAAAUUGCACGAGUGACGACGCUUCACUGCCCACGCCACGAGCAGUCACUGAAGACGCGAUUCGCUCCCGCCAGCUCGGUGCUCUGGACACUCCGGAAAGAGACGACGGCGCCUGGCAGCAGCAGCAGCAUCAGGAGGAAGACGCCCACGAUGGCCCGCACUCGCCUCACAAGGAAGCCUCAGAGAGCCACUCCCUCCCCCUCCCCUCCGCAGGUGUCGAGAAAUCUCAGAAGCUGAGAAGGAGCCUCAGACUGAAGAAGAAGAAGAAGAUCAGGAAUGACAUGAUCGGCCUGCCUUACAAUUUCCAGCACGUCAGCCAUGCAGGUUUCGACAGAGAUAACAAUUUCUCUCAGUUUAACAUAGAGAAGCAAGUCGAGGAUCAAAUAAGGGAGCUGUUUAAGGAGAUCGGCUUGACCAAAACCCAGAUGUCCCGACCUCGGACGCGGGAGUUCGUGUACAACCUCCUAGAGCGCCACGGAGUCCUUCAGGAAGCCAGGAGAGAGUCGCAGCUCCUCUCCUCGCAGAAACGACUCUCAGGUCAAACUGCAGAGGUCGUGUUUGGCGGAGGUCAUCCUGCAAGGGGCUUGGGGAAUGAGGAGAGUGGAAAGGGUGUGAGUCAGGUCAGCGAAGGUCCUGAAUAUACUGGCUCGGGUCACGAGGACGAGGUCAUGUUAGUGGCGUCUCUGGACCUGUCGGAUGUAGAAGUCCAGUCGUCUCCCCAGCGGGCCGCGCCGCAAGACCAAACUCAAGAACCUGUUAAAAAAUACCGUCACAGGGCCGCUAAACGCCAGGCUCCCAGGCCGCCCUCACAGGUCGGAGACGCCGGGCCUGUCGCGCCGCCUGAAAAGGUCAUCCAGACCGCAGCCUCCGACUUGAGGGUCUCGAGGGUGUGCCCCGACGCCGCGUCUGGCGGAGAGGCCCCCUAUAACCCAGCCAUUGAUAAGAAGGUCAUACACUGUAUCGUCUCCGAAGGGCCGGUCGUACACACCGUCACCUCUUACGUUAUCAGCUCAGCGUCUUCCGCAGGCGAGACUCAGGGGAGCUCUUCAACCUCUCCACAAGAUAACAACUCCUCUGUUAUCAGUAUCGAGCGGGCCCCCACCCCCCCGCCACCACGAAAGUCGCUCUCGCCCUGACUGCCGUUGCUGCAGGGCCACGGGGGGGGUUAUCAGGCCCUUUGUCAUGCCUGUCACGCAAAACACACGCACGGGGCAGCGUUAGCGCAGAGCCACACUGCUGCACACAUGUAUCUCCUUAAGUGAGUUUGUACUGUAUAUGCAAACCAAGAUAGAAAUAGAGAUGACAGCAAUAUUGUGAUUAUUGUUUUAAGUACUGACGGAUAGGAUCAUUGCCGUAUUGUAAUUCUACCCAGUGUAAUGAAUUUCGACAAAAUAAUAAAAAGUAAUAACUA